AUACCCGGCAGCCUCUUUUCAAGUGUAUGUCGAUCAAUUGAUUAAAGGGACCGAAAAGUGCAUUCAGAUUUAACACUCGGGAACAUUUCCCGGUUCGCCCAUUGAUUUUUGCAUCUGUUAAAAUAUAAAUAAAAUUUAAAAAAAUACAGUACAAAUCUAAACGGCUUGAACAUAUGCGAUGUGAUUAACGCUGGUCCCCAUUAUUCUGGUGGCGAAUAUCUGUGUUUUGGAUUUUUUCAUACUUGGUCUCGUUGUCGCUGUAGGACUAUCUAAAAUGUCGGCGCCCAUGGAGGUAGUGGUCUGCUCGGAUUCGGCUGGCCAGCUCUGGAACUGCGCGGUUUUCGAGCUUCAUUCCGGGACCAACCUGCUCUCGUACCGGGGAGGGAACACCUCGACUCGGUCCCUGGCUAUCCUGAACGGGGAGCACCUUCUUGGAGCCCAACUCGGCAAGAACUACAUAAACGUGUGGGAGAUCCAGAGAAAGGAUCAGCUACAGCAGAAGAUUGUGUGUCCUGGGAUAGUGACCUGCCUGACUGGCUCCCCCAACAGCCUGUACCUGCUGGCUGGGAUUGCAGAGAGCAUCUACCUGUGGGAGGUCUCGACUGGCAGCCUGCUGGCGGUGCUCAGCAGACACUACCAGGAUCUGACCUGCCUGCGCUUCACUGAUGACAGCAGCCACUUCAUCUCAGGAGGCAAAGACAACCUGGCUCUGGUGUGGAGCGUCUGCAGUGUGCUGCAGGCAGACCCCUCUCAGACACCAGAGCCUCGGCAUGUCUGGGCCCGGCACUCCCUUCCCAUCACAGACAUCCAUUGUGGCCUAAUGGGACCCCAGGCUCGUGUAGCCACUGCCUCCCUGGACCAGACUGUCAAGGGAUUGGCUCCAUUUCGCAUGCUGCAGGCUUACACAGCAUAG